GUAGAUGCUGCGCGGCGGGGCGGGGAGGGCUGCGGCUCCAAACGGUCGGCGCGAGGGGCGCUCCCGGGCGCUGGGCGGCGGCGACGCGUUGCUGCGGGCUGGGAGCCGGUGGCUGUCGCCGGCUUCCUAUGCUCUCUCCUGACCCUGCGGCGCCAGGCCUGAGGCCUUCGGACCCCGCCUCUUGGCUCGGCCGCUGGGAAGACAGGCCUCAUCUGGCCGCCGUGCCGGGGCCGACGACUAGAUCCAGGCUGUACUUGUAUCUUGCUCUUCUUCCAAAUAUUAAUUCUGCUGGUAAUGAAGAGGAUGUGUUCCAGGGACAUACUUUGUUGUCAGAAAUGCCAUGACCAGAGGUGAAAAAUUAGAUUAUUUCAAGAGUUGGAGCUGAAUCUAACAUUCAAUAAUGGCAACAGGUGACUUAAAAAGAAGCUUACGGAACCUAGAACAAGUGCUUCGCUUGCUGAACUAUCCUGAGGAGGUGGACUGUGCAGGUUUGGUAAAGGGAGACACAGCAGCAUCUUUGCCAAUCAUCAGUUACUCUUUUACGUCGUAUUCACCUUAUGUGACAGAACUUAUAAUGGAGUCCAAUAUAGAACUCAUAGCAAAGAAUGACUUGCGCUUUAUAGAUGCUGUCUAUAAGCUACUUCGUGAUCAGUUUAAUUAUAAGCCAAUUUUAACAAAAAAGCAAUUUAUCCAAUGUGGGUUUGCCGAAUGGAAAAUCCAAAUUGUUUGUGACAUUUUGAAUUGUGUGAUAAGGAAGCACAAAGAAUUAAGUGGCCUUGAUAAGACUUCAUCACAGCAAAGAAAGAAAAGCAGUUCUAGUAAAUCAGAACCUUUGAAUAAUGAGAAAAUACCUGCAGAAGCUAUUGGCGUUGACAUCACUGGCAGGUUUCUGACUUCGGGAAAGAAGAAAGCAGUGGUGAUCCGUCACUUGUAUAAUGAAGACAGUGUGGACAGGCCUGAAGACAUAGGGAUAAGCACAGUAACAGGUGUUAGUGAAGCAGUGGCUGUGUCUGACUUAAAGCCUGCUGAAAUAAAGAUACCCGAAGUAAAGGGCCCUGAAAUCAAGGCUGAGCAGCAAGAUAUAAAAGUUAGUCCUGAGAUUAUUAUACUACAGACUAUGCUUGCUGAAUGCCAAGAAAAGCUUAAAAAACUGACUUGGAUAGAGAAAAGGUUAGAAUACCUGGAAGAAAACAUGAAAGGGAAAGUUAUGGUGAAUGAGAAGACCUGGACUCAUCUUCUGAGUCGGAUCACUCUUCUUGAAACAGAAAUGCUAUUGUCUAAAAAGAUUCAUUUACUACAAUCAUAUUGUGGAUCUCACAGAAAUAUUUACCAAAUUAGCCAUUGCUUUAUCAAAUCUAAGAAAUUUCCCCCCACCUCAGGAUUUCAAUUUUGGACUGAUGGAUGUAUAGAGUUUAAUGAAAUGAGUGAAGACUACACUUCUUGUAGUGACAUGGAUCUUCCGAAUCUUGAUAGAAAAAUCAAAGGAGAGAGACCAGUGAGUAUUCCUCUGUCCUCUGGUUACAGUUCAGUAUCAACAGAUUCCACCCCCAGAGCCUCGACCAUUCAUUACUGUUUGAAUGAGAUUUCUCAGGAAACAACAAUCCAGAAAAUGGAAAGGAUGAAAAAAAUGUUUGAAGAAACUGCAGAGUUACUGAAAUGCCCAAAUCAUUAAUUGUAGAAUUUUCUACAUGAACUUCUCUAGGACUUUGGCUAUUGUACGUUUUGUAUAUGUUAAGAAUUCUUAAUACAAUUUUAAUAUAGUGCACUUUUAUGUUAAUAUAAAUUCCAUUUGGUAUAUGAGUUUUUUCAUUAUUGAAUAAAAAUACUUGAA